AUGAAUGACGCCAUCACCGGAGACGAAAUAGACAGGGCAUACUACAAAACAUAUAGAGAAGAACUCUCACCCCGCCUUUUCAACGAUUUCAUGGAAGGCGGGAACCCGGAGAGCGGUAUGUCCCUGGCCAACAUCAUCCUUCUCCAGAAAUCGGGUAGAGACCCAUCUCGUUAAUUAAUCAUGACAUAAAGAUUUUAGCAAAGGUACUGGCAGAUCGCCUUAAUCCUCAUUUGAAAACAUUGAUACAUCCGGAACAGGUGGGCUUUAUACCAGAUCGACAGCUUUUCGAAAACACCAGAAGGAAUAUAGACCUCAUUUGGCGUCAGAAGACCACAGACACACCUACCGUAAUAGUCGCAAUCGACGCAGAAAAGCCUUCAAUAGGGUCGAAUGGCCCUAUCUCUUUCAACUCCUAGAAUUUCUGGGAUUCCCAGAAAAAUACGUGGCCACGAUUAAGGCUACGUACAACCAAGUAUAUGCACAAGUAAAAAUCACCGGAGCUGGGACCAAACCCUUUAAAUUGGGUAAUGGAACACGACAGGGAUGCUCCCUCGCCCCGCUUUUGUUUGUGAUGACCUUGGAGCCGCUCCUACAAGCUUUACGCAAACACCCACAUAUACAUGGAAUAACAGUGGUAGGACAAGAGUUUCUCGUCUACGCCUAUGCAGAUGACGUCCUGCUGAUGAUUACAGAACCAAAAGAUUCCAUGGAUGCUCUGCAAGAAGUCCUGGCACAAUUUGGAGUAUUCUCAGGCUAUAGUGCUAACCUAGAAAAAUCAAGUGCCCUCCUCUUAGGCCUGUCUGCGGAGGACAUGGCGGCAUUGCGGGCAAACUAUAAUAUUCCCAUAGCUAAAGACCACAAAAAGUAUUUAGGGAUACAACUUCCGAACGACCCGGCCAAACUUUAUCACCUAAACUAUGCCCCACUUAUGUGA